AUGCCUCAGCUAUCCAUUAAUCCACCAUGCCUCAGCUAUCCAUUACUCCACCAUGACCUCAGCUAUCCAUUACUCCACCAUGCCUCAGCCAUCCAUUACUCCACCAUACCCCUUCAGCCAUCCAUUACUCCACCAUGCCCUCAGCCAUCCAUUACUCCACCAUGCCUCAGCUAUCCAUUACUCCACCAUGCCUCAGCCAUCCAUUACCCACCAUGCCUCAGCUAUCCAUUACUCCACCAUACCUCAGCCAUCCAUUACCCACCAUGCCUCAGCCAUCCAUUACUCCACCAUGACUCAGCCAUCCAUUACUCCACCAUACCCCAGCCAUCCACACUCCACCAUACCCUCAGCUAUCCAUUAAUCCACCAUGCCUCAGCCAUCCACACUCCACCAUGCCGCAGCCAUCCACACUCCCACCAUGACCAUCAGCUAUCCAUUAAUCCACCAUGCCUCAGCUAUCCAUUACUCCACCAUGACUCAGCCAUCCAUUACUCCACCAUGCCUCAGCUAUCCACACUCCACCAUGCCUCAGCCAUCCAUUACUCCACCAUACCCUCAGCUAUCCAUUACCCACCAUACCUCAGCCAUCCAUUACUCCACCAUGCCUCAGCCAUCCAUUAUCCACCAUGCCUCAGCCCAUCCAUUACUCCACCAUGCCUCAGCUAUCCAUUACUCCACCAUGCCUCAGGCAUCCAUUACUCCACCAUACCCCAGCUAUCCAUUACUCCACCAUGCCUCAGCCAUCCAUUACCAUCCACCAUACUCCACCAUGCCCCCAGCUUCCAUUUACUCCACCAUGACUCAGCCAUCCAUUACUCCACCAUGCCCUCAGCUAUCCAUUACUCCACCAUACCUCAUGAGCUAUCCAUUAAUCCACCAUGCCUCAGCUAUCCACACUCCACAUCCAUUACCACCAUACCCACCAUGCUUCAGCCAUCCAUUACUCCACCAUGCCUCAGCCAUCCAUUAAUCCACCAUGCCUCAGCCAUCCAUUACCCACCAUGA